AUGCGGCUCCUCACCUCCCUCCUUGCGCUCCCCCUCGCGCUGUUGCCUUCGCUUGCUUUUGCGCAGGAUCUCGAAGUCCAAGUCACAAGACCGGCGGAAUGUACGCGCAAAACUCAGAAAGGCGACAAAGUGUCGAUGAUGUACAAGGGCACGCUGCAGAGCGAUGGCAGCAAGUUUGACUCGAGCUACGACCGCGGCGCACCGUUCACAUUCACGAUUGGCAAGGGCCAGGUGAUCAAGGGUUGGGACCAGGGACUGCUGGAUAUGUGUAUUGGAGAGGCCAGGAAGUUGGUUAUCCCGCCUGGUCUGGCGUAUGGGAACCACGCUAUGGGUGAUAAGAUUCCUGCGGGAUCAACGCUGGUUUUUGAGACCGAGCUCAUGGGCAUCGACGGCGUGGAAAAGGAACCUGCGAAACCUGUUGAGCCUUCGAAGGCUGCCCCUGCGACACCCACACCGACACCGACUGGUAUUACGGAUGACAACGUCAAUGCCAACGACGAAGAAGCCGCGCCCGAAAACGUACCCAGACCGACAUCUACACCCUCGUCUGAAGCUACUCCGGCAGAGACCAAGCCUGAGAAGACAGCAGUACCAGCCGCCGAGCCUAGCAAAGCUGUAGCCGCACAAGGAAACCCGAUGGAUGGCGAGAGCGACAAGGGCGAGUGCAACCUCCUUGGAAACUUUGCACUGAUCGUACAAGGUUUCCUUGGACUACUCGCCGUAUCCUCUCUUGCAAUCAAGAGGCUGAGGGAGUCUCCGCGAAGGCCCAUAAAGAUCUGGUUCUUCGAUGUUUCCAAGCAGGUCUUUGGCUCAGUUCUGUUGCAUCUCGCAAACGUCCUGAUGUCCAUGCUGUCUUCCGGCAAAUUUGACGUAGCAGCAACAACCAGCGCGACAACGAAGUAUGCUGGAACCAACGAGGAGGGUGACCAGCCGAACCCGUGCUCGUUCUACCUCCUCAACCUGGCCAUCGACACCACAAUCGGUAUCCCAAUCCUCGUGCUCCUCCUCAAAGUCCUCCACGCCGCAUUCGCCAAAACCCCGCUAGCCAACCCCCCAGAGUCCAUCCGCAGCGGCAACUACGGCCAACCACCCCGCGCAACCUGGUGGCUCAAGCAAUCCAUAAUCUACUUCCUCGGCCUCAUCGGCAUGAAACUCUGCGUUCUCGCCAUCUUCGCCUUCCUCCCCUGGAUCGCAUGGGUAGGAGACUGGGCACUGCGCUGGACAGAAGGAAACACUGCACUGCAAAUCACUUUCGUCAUGUUCAUUUUCCCGUUGAUUAUGAAUGCGCUGCAGUACUGGAUCAUUGAUAACUUUAUCAAGGACCCUGAGCAUGGUAGUGGUAGCGGUAGUGAAGGCAGGUAUGGCGUUGUUGGUGAGGAUGAUAGCGAGGAUGAGGACGAUGAGGAGUGGUUGGAGCGCCAGAGACGGAGGCGUGAGGCGGGUAUUGAUGGUGAGGACAGUGAUAUCGAGGCUGCGGAGGUGGAUCCGUUGAAGGAAGCCAACCCCACGAUGGUACCAUCAAGGAGUAAGAGUCUCAAGGCUGGAAGCGACUACGAUCCCGCUGUUGAUGGGGCGAGUGGUAGUUUGAAGACGAGGACGGAGUAG